CGAAAUGAGAGAAGAGGGUUUGGCUCUCUUGAAGCUUUUCUAUUACGCCAAGGACUUCGAGGCCUUUUACAAGACCGCCGCCUUCGCCCGCGUGCAUUUCAACGAAGGCCAGUUCCUCUACGCCUUGUAUACGGCCAUUUACGUACGCCCCGAUACCUACACUCUGGUUCUACCUGCGCCGUACGAGAUGUUCCCUCAGUACUUCGUCAACACCAAGACUAUCCUGAAGGCCUACCGUACUAAAAUGCAGAACGGCGACUUUGACCCCGCUUAUGCCUCCACCCACGGCAUCUACCACGAGAACGGAAAAUAUGUCUUCUAUUCAAACUACACCAGUCCCUGGUUGACUGGCAGCAAAGAGGACAAACUUUCCUACUUCACUGAGGAUAUUGGCAUGAACUCGUACUACUACCACUUCCAGACACUUUACCCGUACUGGUGGUCGAGCAAGAACAUCAAACUCUAUGACGAGUUCCGUGGAGACCUGUACUACUUCUGCUACCGACAGCUCAUCGCUAAGUACUAUCUCAACCGUCUCACCAGCGGACUUGGAGAGAUCCCUGAAUUCUCGUGGUACAAGCCCAUCGAGACGGGAUACUACAGCCAGUUGUCCACCUACUACCCCUUCUUCUCGAGGAACGAAUACUACCAUAUCACCAAGCCCGAAAAUGACCAAUACAUUUCGUACCUUGACUCCUACGAGAAGUCUUUCCUGUACUACUUGGAGCAAGGCAACUUCAAGGCUUACAACCAAGAGAUCGACCUGCGUGACGAAAAGGCCAUCAACUUCGUUGCCAAGUACUGGUUCGCCAACGUUGACUUGUCCGAAAAAAUGCCCAAGAACUAUGAACGCUUCUACGAGAUCAUCGGUCUUCACCUCCUCGCUGGCACUCCCGAGCCCACUGACAAGUACACCAUCUUCCCGAGCGCGUUGGAGCUGCCCCAGACCUCUCUGCGCGAUCCCAUGUUCUACCAGUUCUACGCUCGUAUCCUGAACUACUUCCUACAGUGGGAAGAGUACCUGGAACCACACAGCUACAGCCAGCUCCACUUCGAAGGAGUCAAGAUCAACAACGUCAAGACCGACAAAUUGGUCACCUUCUUUGAGCCCUACGACUUUGAUAUCACCAACGACAUCUUUCACAGCGUCGAGGAGUUCAAGGCUCAUGACCCCACCGUCUACACCGUUCGUCAACCUCGUCUUAACCACAAGCCCUUCGCCGUCACUGUCGAUAUCAAGUCUAACGUUGCUACCGACGCCGUGUUCAAGUUAUUCCUAGGUCCUAAAUAUGAUAGCAAUGGCUAUCCUCUUAACAUUGAAGACAACUGGAUGAACUUCGUUGAGCUGGACUGGUUCCUUCAUAAGCUGACCCCUGGACAGAACAAGAUCGAACGCCAUUCCCGCGACUUCGCCUUGUGCAAGGAGGACUCCGUUCCCGGGGUUGAACUAUUGAAGCUGUUCAAGCAAGGAAAGGUCCCAGUCGAUAUGUCUGAGAAGUUCUUCUAUCAGCCCCAGAGAAUGAUGCUGCCUAAGGGUACCAAGGGUGGCUUCCCCUUCCAGCUGUACGUUGUCGUCUACCCCUACACUCCUCUGCCUAAGGAGAUGGAAGAGUUAAAGGCUCUCUUCCCUGAUAUGAAGCCCAUGUUGUACCCGUUCGACCGCCCCGUGUACGAGUCUUACUUCAAGCAGCCGAACAUUUACUACGAGGAUGUGUUCAUCUACCACGAGGGAGAAGAGUACGCUAACUUCUACAACGUUAAGGAUUACUACCCUUACUACAAGAACCAAGUACCUGCCUAAGAACUAAAAGAA